UAAAAAGAUUCAUACAGAAACCAUUUUCUAAACCUUGCCUCUAAUGAAAAAAGCUAACGCCACUGACACUGAAAAAGUAGUCAAGUAGAAAGUCCAUAAUUAAAGCUACUCAUUAUUAAAUAAACCCUGAUUUCUAAAAUGGGCCCAAUUAUGGUAGCCCACUCGCUCAGUGUGGCUGUCAGUCAAAGGGGUAGCUAGAUGUUGCUGUUUGGUUUGGAAGCUCUAGAGCCAGCCUCCAUUCAAAACAGGCUUCUAUUUCCAUGGCAACUCUCCCUGUCAAAACAGUAAAACCUGGAGGGUACCAAAAAGAGGGAGAGAAGAGAGAGAGUAAAAUAACUCUGGUGGUUAGUCACUUUGUCUGGAUGUUAUCAUGAGUUUCCAGCUGAACAGUAACCACUAUAGUGUGGGCCCUAGAACUUCAGAGAAGAUGAAUGACACAGAUCUUUACCACUGGGAUGCUGAAUGAUUACUGGUCAAAUGAUCAUCCUGUCUUAUUUCUAGGGGGUUUUACCAGUGUAUUGUUGUUGCACGCAGGACUGUUUGUUUUGCAUGUGGUUUUAUUGUUGAAAUGUCGGCUGGUCUGACCUAACCAAAGGGUGUGAUGGGCUGAACUGUGGGAAUGAAAACAGUAGCAACUCAUGACAAUUGACCACAGAACAGUGAAAUAUGAGUGGGGGUUACGAUGUGGAACUGUUUGUGGACGGUCCAGACUAUGACCUGCUGUGCACCAUCUGUAGAUGUGUCUUGAGGUGUCCUGUCAGAGUGGCUUGUAACCAUGUUUUCUGCAAGACCUGCAUCCUACAGUGGCUCCGGAGACAGGAGACUUGCCCCUGCUGUAGGAAACCUAUCAAUCCCAGUUGUAUGUUUGUCAUGUACAAGCUUAGCAAAACCAUCAGUCGCCUCAGGAUUAAGUGUAAUAACGAAGGCUGCUUGGCCACCUUCCCUCUGUCUGAGGAGUUCCUUCAUAGUUCCUCCUGCCAGUUCCAGAGGGUACCAUGUCCCCACCAGGGCUGUGGUUCAUUAGUACCCCGGUCUGCCCUGGAGGUCCACUCACAGCACUGCCAACACUGGAGCCAGCUCUGCCCUCUGGGCUGCGGGACACUACUCACACAGGACAUCCAACCCCAGCACAACUGCUACAGACAGCUGAGGCAGCAGGUGGAGGCCCAGAGGCAGAGCCACAGAGCAAUCGCUGGCGCCCUCCGAAGGAAGAUGAGGAGAAUGCAGAACGCCAUGACACACGUCAGGAGGCAGGUGGCACUCAUCUGUGAGAGCCUAGAGGUCAUGGGAGAGGGUCAGGAGGGGGAGGAUGAGGAGGUAGAGGGGGAGGUGUAUGAGGGAUAUGUAGAGGGGGACACCACGGGGGAGAGCAACGCCAGCAGUAGCAGUAGCAGCUCCUAAGCAGGAAUCAGGGUUUGAUUUGGGGAUUAAUUAUGGUUUAUAUUAUAUAAUACUUUUUAUAUAAAAGUCUGUUCAUGCAGAAAUGUGUAAUUAAAAGGGGUUUGAAAUUGUUAAUUUAAUUUUGGUGGAUUUUGUAAAGGCUGCAGAUGUAUUCUUCUAUUCUCUUUUAUUUUUGCAACAUUUCUAUUAGACUGAUUGUUGUAUUUAAGCAAAU